AUGCAGUGCGUGCGUCAUCUGGCUCUCAUUUCCCUCACCUAUAUCGGAGCGGUGAUGGUGCACCAAACGCUGCCUAUGCUGCUUGAAAAGAACCUAUCUGUAUUUGUGGGGUUUGAUAUUGGAUGGGUCUUGGUCAUGCAAGCGAUUAUCAAGACACUCCACUCAGAGCACCUCAGUGGUGGUCCUGGCGGAUCUCCUCUUCUACAGCAUGGACAGAACAAUCAGAGGCGAAUUCUAAUAUGCUCCAAGAUGCCUUUUCACAAGGAUGUUUGCCUUGCCGCUUCUUGCAAGUAUGCCUAUUAUCAUGUGACGCAUGAUCAGCGACUCAAGUAA